AUGUCCAAAGCCGUGACGGAAACCGAGUCAUCGGUGAUGCUCGGUUUCAAGAAGCUCAGCGACCAAGUCUACGUCCAAGAAGGCAGCGCCACUUCCCCUAACCCCCCCAACCCAGCGCACCCCCGCACGGUAAUAAUCUACGGCUGGGGCGACGCCCGACCACGGCACGUAUCCAAAUACGUGGCCGGCUACCGGCAGCUGUUCCCGCACGCCCAGAUCGCGCUCAUCUUCUCGCCCAUCCUCAAAGCGCUGUACCAAAACCUCGACGCCCGCACCCGGAACAUGCUCCCCGUGCUCGAGGCCGUCUACCCAUCAGCAGCAGCCACACUCACCAACGGCAACAACAACCCCCCCGCGCGCACCAACCCGCCCACCGAAGACAACCGCGUCCUCCUCCACGUCAUGUCCAACACGGGCGGGAUCAACUGCGCGGCGACGAUGAACGCCUACACGCAGCGCACCGCCGGCGGCGUGAUGCCGCACCGACUAAUGGUGUGCGACUCGACGCCCGGCAGCACGGAUUUCUUGCGCAACGUGGGGGCGUGGUCCAAAGCGAUGACGGUGGGCGCGGCGGGGUGGUUCCCGUGGCCGCGGGGGGUGACGCAGGCGCUGGCGGCGGUGUUCCUGGCGGUGCUGUACGGGGCCGGGUGGGCGAUCGGGGCGACGAGCGCGGGCGAGUACAGCACGCGGGCGGUCAAUGAUGCAAGGUUGUCGGACGAGCGCGCGAAGCGGUUGUAUCUGUAUUCCAAGGAAGACGAGAUCAUUCGGUGGGAUGAUAUUGAGGUGCACGCGGCGGAUGCGCGCCAGAAGGGGCGGAGCGUGACGGCGGCGCUGUUUGAGGGCACGCCUCAUGUUGGUCAUAUGCGCGCUCAUCCUGAGCAGUACUGGGCGGCGAUUGCGGCUGCGUGGAAGGAGGCGGUGGCGGGGGAUGAGAAAAAGGGGGGAACCGUCGAGGGGGGGAAACGAUGA